UCAGACGUCUCAAAAAUGAAGGAGUUCGGCUCAUGAGGAAAUGGAAUUCCUCUAGGAGGCUGCAAGUUGCAACAAAUUGGCAAACAUCCAGUACAGGGGAUUAUAUAAAGACCAGGGCGCAAUUUCGGAGAGGGGUAGAACCGGUGGAACUUGUCGCUUGGUUGUUGGGUUUUAGUGAAUCUCCGCUGCCCUUAAACCUGAAUAACACUUUGAAUAAGUGAAGAUGGAGAAUGAACGUGUUAUAGACCAUUCACAAAGAAAACACAGAACACGAUUCGUCCUGAUUUUAGUCGCUGUGCUCAUAUUUGUGGUGGUUGUUCUCGCUAUUGUUUUAGGAGUGACUGCAAGUGCGAAACGCUCCAGUUUCAAGAAUGUCGUCAUUAAAAAAUGUCAAACAUACCUAAAAGAAAACAGCAACAUGGCAAGGGAGAAUGACUGUGAGAUAAUCUGGAAGGCUUUUGAGCAGGCCUACGUUGGAAGAGAUCCGUGUGAUGUUCCUCCUCAGGCAUAUGAUCCUCUGAUAAAUUCAGUCAAGCAGCAUGUUGUCUGUAAUACUAUGAUGUUCUGGAGCAAAACAAAAGACACGGUAAAAGCAUUUGCUGACAACAGAGAGUGCCUGGUCAUUUUGGAGGGAACAUUGCUUGGAUUUGUGUUUGAUGAACUGACUUGGUGCAGCAAAAAUGAAAGCAAAGAAACCUUCACUACAGAUUGUCCCAGUUGGUCACAUUGUGAAAACAACCCAGUACGAUCUUUCUGGAACAGGGCUUCUGUUAACUUUGCUGCCACUUCUUGUGGGAAUGUGUCUGCAAUGUUAAAUGGAUCUCUAGAAGCCCCCUUCAGCUCCACAAGUGUAUUUGGAAGUGUAGAAGUGAAGAAUUUGGAUCCCAGUAAAGUGAACAGUUUGACUGUAUUACUUGUCACCAAGGAAACGGACUUGACUACAUGUGAUAAUCCCUCAUUCCAUGCUCUACAAAACAUUUUGGACACAAAGAUUGCUUACAAGUGCAGAAAGGUUCCUUAGUGAAAGACAUCAAGGUGACAAGCACACCCUACUGGCUGAACUAUGUAUAAGCGUAAGUAGCAGCUACCAUUCAUAUAUAGUACAACACGUUUUUAAAAAUUUUGCUGUUCUCAAUUAUUUUCAUUUAGUGCUGACGUCUGCAGUAAGUUACUCAUCUGAAUGGCAGUUGAAGCUAAGUUGAACCAAUUUGUAGCAGACUAUGCAUAAUCUGCUUAGAAUGAAAAGUUAAAACCUUGAUAGAUGUGCAUUAUAAAGGGGUAAGAAGGAAAGCUGAGGAAUCUCAAAAGUCAACUUCAUCUGGUGUGGUCUCAGUGCCCUUGUGCCCAUUUUAGAUAAAAGACAAAUGGACGAUCAUUAUUUAUAAUAUUUACUGCUAUAUUGAUACUACAUAUAUAUAUUUAUAUUAUAUACAUAUAUAUCUAUAUAUCCAUACAUAGACAUAUAUUUGCAUAUGCAUAUCUGACACUUGACUUUCAAGUUAUAUUCAGUUGUGAUUUCUACCAUUUAAUUUUCCCUACUUUUCCCUAUAUAUUCUCAACUAUAUCUCCUAUUUUUCAUGUCCACACUUUAAAUUUUUUCUUUUUUACUCUUUCUUUUUUAUGUAAGACAGUCGUAAAAAAAAGUAUUUCACUACAUGUCGUACUGUGUAUGAUUUCGUAUAUGACCAAUAAAAUUUGAAUUUGAAUUUGAAUUUGAUCUAAAGGGAUAGGGUGACAUCUAGUGACAGUGUAAGUUACAGUGAGUUGGACAAAUUGUAAAAUUCACUCUUGAGACUGACCUCAUUUAUUGCUUUGGUUUACAUUUGUAAUAAAGUUUGAAGAAGUUGGUUUUCUUACUUAUCCUCAACACCUACGAGAUGGGAAGAACUACCUAUAGCCAUACUUCAAAAUCUAUUGAAAAACACCAUAGACAUUGGAUACUAUUUCUUGCUACACUUUGUAAUAUCCAGCAAUUUUUUGUCCUUCAACUUUUUAUAUACAACAUCAAUGGAAUAGCUGUUAUAUAUUAAAUGUUCUGGCACAACCAAACAUUGCAUAGAAAUGGAGCUUAUACCCCUAUUUAAUGUUUUGGGUCUGUUUUUGUGCUUGCCUUUUUAAAUAAAAGUAUUUCCCUCAA